GGGGAAGAAACCAUAGAAAAGUUGGGACAAGGCCUAAAUCUAGGCAGAACUCAACAUGAAAAAGGGCAGCAGUAUGUACUUUUCACUCUUUGGACUCCCUCUUACAUUCCCAUUAUUCAUUGCGUACUUACCAACCUAUCAUUGACCUUUUUCCCCUCAUUAACAUCAUCAAAAUUUGACAACCCAUUUCAAUUUUAAAUAUCAUAACAAGCUUCUUUCUAUUAAUCUUCAUCAGUGUAUGACAUAUCCAAUUAUUCAUACUUUGUUAAUCUGAAAAAAAAUCACCCAACUCUUCAAAUUCUAAUUCCCAAUUGGGUUUUUAAAGUUUUUCUUUCAUCUGCAAAGGGUUUGAAAUUCAUGCUUUAUUCUUGAGAGUUAUUGUAGCCUUUUUCAGUGGGAAAUAGCCAAUUUUUCUGGCUUUUGCUUUGCAAGAUUCAAAUUUUUGUGUUCUUUGUGUUGGGUUUUCUUUCUAUACUAGCAGCUUUCAAGAAUUUUGGCUCAGAUGACUUCUGGACCAUUUUUGGUUCCAAGGACCUCUGGAAGUGAGAAUGACGUGGAAAAUGGUUUCUUUGGGGAAGAGAGAGAUAAAGCAUUGCGAAACACCAAACUGGUGAAGAUACCUAAUACAGCGUUAUUGUCCGGAAUGGCUUACUGCAUUUCAUCCUGCGGCAUGAUACUCAUAAAUAAAUAUGUCUUGUCUAGCUAUGACUUCAAUGCUGGUAUAUCUUUGAUGUUGUAUCAGAACUUCAUUUCAGUACUUAUUGUGUCUACAUUGUCCCUCUUGGGUGUCAUAUCUACUGAGCCUCUAACGUGGAAAUUAAUUAAGGUUUGGAUACCUGUGAAUAUUAUAUUUGUCGGGAUGCUCAUUACAAGCAUGUUCAGUUUGAAAUUCAUUAACGUUGCUAUGGUCACGGUCCUCAAGAAUGUCACCAAUGUAAUGACUGCAGUAGGUGAGAUGUACCUCUUCCAGAAACAUCAUGAUAAUAGAGUCUGGGCUUCGCUAUUCUUGAUGAUCAUUUCAGCUGUUUGUGGAGGAAUCACGGAUCUAACUUUUAAUGUUGUUGGCUAUACGUGGCAAAUUAUCAACUGUGUUCUAACUGCUUCAUAUUCUUUGACAUUACGUCGUGUCAUGGACACAGCAAAGCAAGUCACUCACUCGGGAAACUUGAACGAGUUUACUAUGGUCUUGUUAAAUAACACUCUCUCAUUGCCUUUGGGUGUAUUGCUUAUAUUCACAUUCAACGAGGUGGACUAUCUAUAUGAAACCCCGUUGCUCAAGUUGCCGAGCUUUUGGUUAGUGAUGACACUAAGUGGAGUUCUUGGUCUGGCUAUCAGCUUCACUUCUAUGUGGUUUCUCCAUCAAACAGGGGCUACUACUUACAGCCUUGUGGGUUCUCUUAAUAAAAUCCCCCUCUCGAUUGCUGGCAUCGUUUUGUUCCAUGUUCCUACCAGCUUGCAGAAUUUUACAAGCAUCCUUUUCGGUCUUUUAGCCGGAGUGUUUUUCGCUCGAGCAAAGCUAAAAGAAAAAUCCCAGUCCGUAUAGUUGGGGUACUAGCUAGUUCAACUGUAUGUCUAAUUGGAAAAGUCUCGUUUUUACAAUUUUCCGGCAUAAUUAAUGAUUGGUUCUCCGAUUUCGGGUUUUUAUGCUAUGAGUUGAGCAGCCUUUCGGGAUGAAAACGAAGGAGAUUAAACGUAUUCAUUUGUACAGGUGAAUUGAGUUUUCGUGUUCUUCGAGUAUAGUAGAUGGAGGCGGUCUUGUAGUUGUAGCCCGCCUCCUUCCUUUCACAUCUUUGGCCAAGUAUGUAGGAGUAGAAAUUAUUUAUUUCUAAUUUAUGUUACAAUUAAUUCUUUUGUAAUUUUCCACAAAGGAAAUUUGUAAUCAAAAACAUUAUAUGAAGGUCGAAGACCUGUGUGAAUGUAAUCUCCUGUUGAGUUAUAUCAAUAAUGAAAAGCUAAGUUCAACUUGUAGGGUCUA